GCCCGCGCCGCCCCGAUGGGCCGCGGCGGUGCGCGCGACGGCGCCGCCGCCGCGCCGCCGUGGCACUCGCUCCCGGACGAGGUCCUGGAGCACGCCUUCUCCUUCCUCCCCGCCGCCGCCGACCGCGGCGCCGCGGCGGCCGUCUGCCACGGCUGGCUCGGGGCCGAGCGCCGCUCCCGGCGCCGCCUCGCCGUCGCCAACUGCUACGCCGCCGCCCCGCGCGACGCCGUCGACCGCUUCCCCUCCGUCCGCGCCGCCGAGGUCAAGGGCAAGCCCCACUUCGCCGACUUCGGGCUCGUCCCGCCCGCCUGGGGCGCCGAGGCCGCGCCCUGGGUCGCCGCCGCCGCCGACGGCUGGCCGCUGCUCGAGGAGCUCAGCUUCAAGCGCAUGGUCGUCACCGACGAGUGCCUGGAGAUGAUCGCCUCCUCCUUCAGGAACUUCCAGGUCCUGCGCCUCGUCUCAUGCGAGGGAUUCAGCACCGCCGGCCUCGCCGCCAUUACCGAAGGUUGCAGGAAUUUAAGAGAACUUGACCUCCAAGAGAACUACAUUGAGGAUUGUUCCAGUCAUUGGCUCAGUUACUUUCCGGAAUCCUUUACUUCUCUGGAAACUCUGAACUUUUCAUGCUUAGAAGGGGAGGUCAAUUUCGCUGUACUCGAGCGGCUAGUGAGCAGAUGCCGCAACCUCAAGACUCUGAAGCUCAACAAUGCUAUCCCUCUUGACAAGGUUGCUAGCCUUCUUCGUAAGGCUCCGCAACUAGUAGAACUCGGAACUGGCAAAUUCUCUGCUGAGUAUCAUUCGGAUCUCUUUGCAAAGCUCGAAGCGGCAUUUGCAGGUUGUAAAAGCCUGAGAAGGCUCUCUGGGGCUUGGGAUGCUGUGCCAGAUUACCUGCCAGCAUUCUACUGUGUAUGUGAAGGCCUCACAUCACUCAAUCUGAGUUAUGCUACUGUGCGAGGCCCUGAGCUAAUAAAAUUUAUUAGCAGAUGCAAGAAUCUGCAGCAAUUAUGGGUGAUGGACCUAAUCGAGGACCAUGGUCUAGCUGUCGUGGCAGGCUCUUGCAGUAAACUGCAAGAGCUGCGGGUCUUCCCGUCUGACCCUUUUGGUGCCGGGCAAGUUUUAUUGACUGAAAGAGGCCUGGUUGAUGUUUCUGCCAGUUGCCCCAUGUUGGAGUCAGUUCUCUACUUCUGCGGCCAGAUGACGAAUGAGGCCCUCAUUACAAUUGCAAAGAACCGUCCCAACUUCACUUGCUUCCGGUUAUGCAUCCUUGAGCCCCGUACUCCAGAUUACGUCACACGGGAGUCUCUUGAUGCUGGCUUCAGUGCCAUUGUGGAAUCAUGCAAGGGCCUUAGGCGCCUCUCUGUGUCUGGCCUUCUUACAGAUCUCGUGUUCAAAUCAAUCGGUGCAAAUGGUAAUUGUCUUGAGAUGCUGUCAAUUGCCUUUGCUGGGAACAGUGAUCUUGGCCUGCAUUAUAUCCUCUCUGGCUGCAAGACCCUGAAGAAGCUGGAGAUCAGGGACUGCCCAUUUGGAAAUAAGCCGUUGCUGGCAAAUGCUGCCAAGCUGGAGACAAUGCGAUCCCUUUGGAUGUCGUCGUGCUCAUUGACCCUGGGCGCAUGCCGACAGCUUGCAGAGAAGAUGCCCCGCCUUACCGUGGAGAUAAUGAACGAUCCUGGACGAACAUGCCCUGUGGAGUCACUUCCGGAUGAUAGCCCGGUCGAGACAUUGUAUGUGUAUCGGACAAUUGCCGGUCCAAGGUCCGACACACCAGAUUAUGUCCAGAUUGUUUAAGGGUACAGUGGUGUAUUCAUUUUCAACCUGGAUUGGAUUGGUACCUUCAACACCUUCCUAGCAUAACAUAGAAUUUUUCUGUCAAGUAGAAAGGCUGGUGGUUGGAUGAAGCUGUCGUAAAAUCUCGAAUCGGCAAGUGUAGGAUGAGACUGGAGGCCUUUUCAGGUGUUAAUAACUGUAGGAGGCUGUGGGUGGAUUACAGAAACUGCUAGAUAGCGUCAUGAGAAAACGUCGGUUUGUUUUCUUUAGCGUGUUUAGUUCUUUUAUGUAUAAAGAUAUGGCACCAUUUUAAUCUUGUAUUGUACUGUACUACUACUGGAUAAACUGUACCUGGAGCUGAGUUUUUGUCACCCCUA